AUGUAUAUAAAAGCCAAAAACCUGCUGCGAAUGUGUAACUGCGUAAAAGGGUUGCGAAAUGCCCACGGCAGCACUUGAGGCUGUAGCGGUGGCAGGAAGCCGAUGCGCUCGGGAGAGCGGCCGUCCCGAAGUGCAGAUCCUGGCUGGGGGAGCCUCGCGAACCGCGCGGCUGUCCUCACCCGCGGUAUCUCGGGCCACUCACCGUGUGUCUGCUUCUGCCCCUGCCAGGAUGCGCCGACCUCAGAGGAACUGGAACAGUUUGCCAAGGACCUCAAGCACAAGCGCAUCAUGCUGGGCUUCACGCAGGCUGACGUGGGGCUGGCUCUGGGCACGCUCUAUGGGAAGAUGUUCAGCCAAACCACCAUCUGCCGCUUCGAAGCUCUCCAGCUCAGCUUUAAGAACAUGUGCAAGCUGAAGCCGCUGCUGCAGCGUUGGCUCAACGAGGCAGAGAACACGGACAACAUGCAGGAGAUGUGCAAUGCAGAGCAAGUGCUGGCCCAAGCCCGGAAGAGAAAACGUAGGACCAGCAUUGAGACCAACGUGAAGGGAACACUGGAGAGCUUCUUCCGCAAAUGUGUGAAGCCCAGUCCUCAGGAGAUCUCCCAGAUUGCCGAGGACCUCAACCUGGACAAAGACGUUGUCCGGGUCUGGUUCUGCAACCGGCGUCAGAAAGGCAAGCGGCUGCUGCUGCCCUUUGGCAACGAGUCAGAGGGGGUGAUGUACGACAUGAACCAGUCCCUGGUGCCCCCUGGUCUGCCCAUCCCAGUGACAUCCCAGGGCUACAGCCUGGCACCGUCCCCCCCCGUCUACAUGCCACCUUUCCACAAGGCUGAGAUGUUCCCCCCGCCUCUGCAGCCCGGGAUCUCCAUGAACAACAGCAGCCACUGA